AUGACCCUCCUCCCUCUCUCCCUCCUCCCUUUCUCCCUCCCUCCCUCACUCACUCACUCACUCCCUCAUGUUCGGCUACUUCCCGUCAUGUCUGCACAUCCUCAUCACCCUGUCUUCGUUGGCAGAGCAUCAUCAUCACCAGCGGCACAGCACAGCAUGUGCUCAAUGCACCCCUAUCGCUCUCGUCCCUGUCUUCACCUCUUCUCCUUCACUCGCAUGAUCUCGUUGCUGGCAUGUUACACGUAUCAACAUUGCUGUAAAGACAGCAGGCCGAGGCUGAGGAGGCUCAUGGAUGUGGUCGGGGAGCUGAUCCUUGACGACAAGGAGGCAACUCGCGACCUGUCCUACUGGGAUGAGGAGGAGACAGAGCUGUCGCGGUGUAAGGAGAGGAGCUUGCGGAGGGAUCGGAAGAGGGUGGAGACGCUGGUCGCCUCAGCGCUCAACGACAUCCUGAGGAACGAGCAGCUGUCGGAGAGAGAGAUCAUGGUCGCGCUGCAAGGUAUCUGCCAGCAGCCGGAAGGGUUUCUAGUCGCUGCAGCGCUGGAGCAAAACGGGUGGAACAGCCGGCUGAGGAUCAUGGAGGGAUGCCCGAUGAUCACCCGAGCCAUCCACAGCCUGACGCGCGUCAAGUCGUUCAUCAAGACCAGCAGCGACGAGAUCGCAAGGAGGACGAUCAGCAGCGACGAGAUCGCAAGGAGGACGAUCAGCCUGGCCAACAAGGACAUGGUCUUCGUGUCCGUCAACCACUCGCGCCUCCUCGGCUGCUCCUGCCUGCGGGUCGACGCCAUGUGGAUCGAAGAUGCUGCAAGCCAAGCAGAGAUCCAAGAGCUGGACCUCUCCCCCGUCAAGCUCAACUACUGGAUGAUGAAAGAGGUCUUGACUCUGCUCACGCGACAAACUCAGCUGCGGGUCCUCGACCUCUCCGGCAGUGCCGUCCAUGGCGAGUGUCUGCAGCUUCUCUUGGCUGUGAUCCGCCAGCACCAGAGGCUCGAGCGGCUGCUGCUCAGCAACUGCAAGCUGUGGGUCGCCGAAUGCAUGGGAGUGUUGAACGCCGCGCACAAUCACCCGAGCAUAACGAGUAUCAGUUUGUCAUACAACGACUUGGGAGCAGCGGGGGGUUCGCACCUCCUGCAGCUCCUGGCGGCAAAGCAAACAUGGCAGGAACUCGAUCUCACUAAGACAGGGCUGACAGCCCAGGCGCACACGGGCCUGGAGUUUCUCUCCCUCCCCCGCCCCCUCUCACUCAAGGAAGCUGAGCGUGUUGCCCUCACUGCCGCCAAUCGCUCCCCGUCGCCGCGGGGAGAGGUGAAGAUGGUCGUCGUGAUGGGGCUGCAUCCUCGACUGGGACGAGACAGUCAGCUGCGACUGCUAACAGACAAUCUGGUCGACAUGAUCUUGGGGUGUAUCCAAUACCCGCUUGAGGUAGGAGAAGCGAUGGAAGGAAAGUGCAUGACGUGA